AUGGGCCAGCUCUUGCAACUACAGCACCUUGCUGCAGAGUGGCUCCAUAACAACACGAAAGUGCUGAUAGCAGACUCCUGGAAUUCUACCUUACCAUUGAGCCCCGGGGAUAUUAUUAUUGUUGCACCUGUCACCCGCGGCUAUAGUUCUACAGGCCAAAAUGAGACAGAUGAUCUGUCAGUAUUCAACACUGAUGGCAGACCAUCCCAACCCCCCAUGCGUCUGCCAAUGAUGCACAAGAAAAAGCGGCCUACCACGUCAAACGACAGCACUCAGCAUAACUUGCACGGAUCGUCGCUUGGCCCCAAUUCAGGAAGUGAUGAACACCCCCACGCAGGAGGACCUGAGGACCAUACUAUCGAGGAGAAGGACGAGCUACAACAAACACCUUCGUCGGAGACAUCUGAACUAAAUACUCAGCGCAACGGAGAUAGUAAGACUGCGGAGAUGACAGGGCAUGCCACAACUACCUCUAGGGGCGAGUCGUCCCGACUGAGCCACGCUCAGGAAGCCGGAGGCGAGCUGACUGUAACACAGUCUGGCGCCAAUGUGAUCCAAGCGCUAUUGAAGGGCGUAAGGCAGUUCCUACGCAGUCUUCCACCGCAUGCCUUGUCAGCACCGGAACCCACCGGAGACAAGGACGCCGACGCGGCAUCUAGCGGAAAUGAAGACUCAGAUGUAUCAGUAAAGCUAGCAAAUACAGAUGUGCAAGAAACAGCAACAUCGCGUGAACAGCAUGGGGAACCAGAGGACGAGACAGCUACGGAAGAAGUCCAUUCGCUGAAGUCCUCGCGGAUGCGAAACAGUAAAAUAGCUGCCUCAGCUGUCACUAGAAGAUGUGCUGGAGGAGGAUCCUCGCAGAAUGAGGACUCUCCAGCGCUGGAUUCCUGUGCGUUCGAUGAUGAAGCUUACGAAUUCCUGGACAAAGUCACACGGACUGGAUCAGGGGCCAGGAUGUCACCAUCCAACAAGUAUCACAGACGGCAACGCGAAGGAGACUCGAAUGAUCCGUCGUGCGUCCUGUGGCGUCAAGGCUGCCGCAUCUGUGGAUGCUUUUCUGGAGACGUUAUUUGCUCGCCAUACUGCGCACUCGGCCCCGCUGCAUAUGGGCGCCAUCCUGUUACAACGCCUGAUCCAGAUGAGUCAGAAGCUGUGAGCCCGACAGAGUUGUCUCCUGAUAUCGAUGGCUGGAGUUGUUGCUUGAUGGAGAAACAAGAAGUCGAUAAACACCCUACGCUUUUCAAAACGGCCAUGCAAAUCAUCCGUUCCGUUCCUUACGGCAUGUGGGAUGACGGAAUCAAGCCUCGGGAAAGAGGCAGAAAGUCCGAAUCACCAGAACUCAACGGCGACCAGAACCGUGCUGACCAGAAUGAUACCCGUGCAGCGUCUCCUACAGAGCCAGCGCCAGCGUCUGCAGCAUCUACGGAAGUUCAGACAGUUGCCUCUGUCCAAGAAGACAGAAAGGAUAGGAACAAAAGAACUCGGACAGGAGGAAGCCCGAGUGUUGAAGAUAGUGAACAAAUGCAGUCUCACAAUGCUGAACACUCUGGUUUACAACCGCUUGACCUGCCACCGGCCGCAGAUAGAAACACGUCGGAAGCCGAUGACCAUAGAGGAGAGGGCACGUAUAACUCUACUUUGCCGUCCGUGAUAACGGAGGCACUGAGCAACUCUUCUUCUCUAAUAACUCAGAAUAUCACCAAGGCAGCAAUUGAAGCAGCUACGAGAGCGGCGGUGGAAGCUGCUGCGAAGGCAGCUUUUGAAGUAGCUCAUGCGGCUUUUGAGGCAGCCAUUGGGCCUGCGCGUGACCAGCAGGUCUCAUUAGGAGAGGAUGCCGUUCCAAAGGUUGAUGAAGAUGCAACGAAGGAAGGCAUGAGCGAGCGGCUUGAGGACGCCCAUCGUAGUCGGCCCGACCAGAGCAAUGGAGAGGCUAAUACGGCCCCCCCUCCUUCAUCUUCCAGUCUAAAUGUUUCAGUGCCACCUUUCGCAGCUGCUGCAGUGUCCUCGGCGUACCAAGAGCAGCACCAUUCCGCUACGGGGGACGCAGCGUUGAUGGCCGCGCUGGCAGCAGCGCUCACAGAGCAGAAUUCAGGAGGAACGAGCGCCACCACCAUACUAUCUGGACCUGGACAGCUUGCUAACCUACUUUUGCAGCAGCUGUCGUCUCAACAAGGUACAGGCUUAACAACUCACCAGUCGCAAAACCCUCAGGGUAAUUCGCUUCUCGCUCAGCAGGCCGCAUCGGCCGAAGUUUCACCUUCACGCACCCCCGCGGGCCGACCUACGGACGGGAUGGAGCUGGCUCAGACACGGAAGGAGAAAGAGGGUGAUCCUUAUGGCGGACCUCCAGCUGCAUGCCCUCCUAGCUGCGAGAUCUAUUUUGAUGGAUGUACAAGUUGCAGGUGUUUCGAUGGAGGAGCUCUCUGCAGAGCUCGCACGUGUUCGAGACUAGUUUCCGCUCCAACCUGCCUGAAAGGUGAAUAUGCGUAUGCCUCCCACAGACAACAGACAGAAGUGUUUCCUUUACGAACGCUCUGA